CCUCCCUCCGGCGACAGCCGCCUUUAUAACUGCUCCGCGCCGGGAGGGCGGGAUUGCUGCCCGCGGGCUCCGCUAGCACCGAGGGGCUCCUGUGCUGCCUCUGUGCGUGGGAAGCAGCGCCAAGUUCACUCGCCGAAGCCAAGGUAGCAGGGACGAGAAUGGGCACAGUUCUCCCUGACGGUUGCUGCUUGGGCCUGGACCCCAGGUACCACAGGCUCUGUGAUAGGAAGGCAGCCUGGGGCAUCGUCUUAGAGGCCUUGGCUGCGGUGGGCGCUGUGACCUCGGUGGCCUUCAUGAUCGCCCUCCUGGUCUUCAUCUGCAAGGUGCAGGACUCCAACAAGCGUAAAGUGCUCCCCACCCAGUUCCUCUUUCUCCUGGGUGUGCUGGGGAUCUUUGGCCUCACCUUCGCCUUCAUCAUCAGCCUUGACGGCAGCACGGGGCCCACACGCUUCUUCCUCUUCGGCAUCCUCUUUGCCCUCUGCUUCUCCUGCCUCCUGGUUCACGCCUUCAACCUGACGAAGCUGGUCCAAGGGAGGCAGCCCCUCUCCAUGCUGGCGAUGCUGGGCCUGGCCCUGGGCUUCAGCCUGGUGCAGGAUGUCAUCGCCAUCGAGUAUGUGGUCCUCACCAUGAACAGGACCAACGUCAACAUCUUCUCUGAGCUUCCUCCGCCUCGGCGCAAUGAGGACUUCGUCAUGCUGCUCAUCUAUGUCUUCUUCCUGAUGACGCUGACCUUCUUCACGACCUCUUUCACCUUUUGGGGACCCUUCACUGGCUGGAAGAGGCACGGGGCCCACAUCUUCCUCACUACGCUCCUCUCCAUUGCCAUCUGGGUGACGUGGAUCAGCCUGCUCUUGGUUCCCACCCCUGGCCCCCAGUGGGAUGACACCAUCCUCAGUUCAGCCUUGGUGGCCAAUGGCUGGGUUUUCCUGUUGGCUUAUGUUGCACCUGAGCUUCAGCUGCUCACAAAGCAACGGAACCCCAUGGAUUACCCUGUGGAGGAUGCUUUCUGUAAACCUCAGCUCAUGAAGCAGAGCUAUGGUGUGGAGAACACAGCUUAUUCUCAAGAGGGAAUCACUCAAGGUGCUGAAGAGACAGGUGACACGUUCUAUGCCCCCUACUCCACCCAUUUCCAGCUGCAGAAUCGGAACUCCCCAAAGGAUUACUCCAUUCCGCGGGCCCAGACUCGGGUUAGCCCUUACAGUGACUAUGAAGGAAGGAAAGAUGUCAGUUAACACGUCCCGAAGGGUGGGAUGAACACAGUAAGUCAGCAGGGCCAGCGGGGAGUUCAUGGGAUGUGGGCUGAAUCCUGAGUCUUCCCAGGAAGCUGUACAGAACAUCACAAGAAGACCUCGCCUCCCUGCAGCCUUCAGCCAUGAUUCUUCUGUUCUGGGGUUAACGAGGGCCGACGGGACCACAGUUCUCAGCACCACUGUAGUCGUUCCCUUUGUCCCAUAGCUAGGCUACUUCUCUUGAGUGGGAGUCUCGGGCCACUCCGGGUGGCUCGUAACCAUCCCUGCCAUCUUACACGUGACUCAGGCUCUGGUCAUCUGACCACACACUGGCUCAUUCAGCCUCAGAAGCCAACUCUUCCAACUGUGGGCUGAUUCUGUGAGAAUUGCUUGGCUCAGAGCAGAGCUGCAAAGCUGAGCAAACCAGCAAAGGCCUGUCUCUCAGACCACCCCACCCACAUCUACACUGGAAACCAACUUACCAACACUUCCCUUCAUGCCCAGAUGGGAGAGGCUAAAAGUCACCCGGAAUUUGCUAACCUCUGUGAUGCUGCCUAAGCAGGGUCCCCAGCGCCAAUUCACUCCCAGACUCACCACUGGUCCCCAGACUCACCUCCUGGCCCUGUGCUUCACCGGGAGAUCUCCCUCCAGGCCUCACCAGCGUGGACAAGCCCAGUUUCUCUUUGCCAGGAGAACGUGUGCACUGGCUUGCUCUAAGCUCUGCUCAGUGCUCUAGGCACUGACUCUUCUCCCACCCCCUUGCUCCUCAGACUCUGUAAAUAGAUGUACUCCGUGUUCACCCCCUGCGUUCUGGAAGUGGGUAUUGUCCACUCACGGGGGAGCGUUCCUUGUAAAAUAAGUUACUCACCGUUCUUCACUGGAGAUGCAAUAAAGGUGUGGUGGCAGCUCUUGGA